CACCUUCACUUCUUCCAUUCAUCAUUUCUCUUUACACAAUGGCAACCUCAUCAUUCUCCAAUUUCUUCUUUAUUCUCAUCAUCAUCUCUCUUUCUUUCCUUCCUUUUUCUCUAUCUCGCUCACCAAUUCCUUCACUUCGACACUCACAAACCUUCAACGUUGCAAAAUCCAUUCAAAGCACCCUUCAAGUCCUCUCUCAAAACUCCAAGUCUCUCCAACAACAAACCCUUUAUCCUUCAUCUCCUUCAACAUUCUCUGUAGCAAUAUACCCUCGUUCUUCACUUAUAAAACCCCAACACAAUAACUACACAUCUCUCACUCUCUCAAGACUCGCUCGUGACUCUGCCCGAGUUUCCUCACUAACCAAACCGGGUCGAACCAUGAUCCGACCCGAAGAAAUUCAAACCCCGAUUACAUCUGGAAUAAGUCAAGGAAGUGGCGAAUAUUUCGCUAAGCUAGGUGUAGGGCAACCUGCUAAAGAAUUCUACAUGGCUAUAGACACUGGAAGUGAUAUCAACUGGCUUCAAUGUGAACCUUGCUCCGAAUGUUACCAACAAACCGACCCGAUUUUCAACCCGUCCGAAUCCUCAACAUACAACCGGGUCACAUGUGACUCAUCCGAAUGCUCAUCCCUUGAUGUCUCGGAUUGUUCCACGUCCGACACGUGUCUGUAUCAGGUCUCGUAUGGAGAUGGGUCGUUUACUGCUGGAGAAUUAGCUACUGAAAGGGUGUCGUUUGGGAAUUCUGGUUCGUUUAAUAAUGUUGCUAUAGGUUGUGGACAUGAUAAUGAAGGGUUGUUUGUUGGUUCAGCUGGAUUGAUGGGUCUUGGUGGUGGUUCGUUAUCUCUUCCAUCUCAAAUUAAUGCAACGUCGUUUUCGUACUGCCUUGUGGACAAGAAUUCUGAUUCUUCAUCCACGUUGGAAUUCAAUUCUGCUGGACCUAGUGACGCGGUAUUUGCACCAUUGCUACGUAACUCAAAGAGGAACACUUUUUUCUACGUGGGUCUGGAAGGAAUCAGUGUUGGCGGCGAGAUGUUACCAAUUCCAGCAAACAUUUUCCAGGUAGACGAAACUGGACACGGAGGAAUCAUCGUAGAUUCAGGAACAGCAGUAACUCGUCUACAAACCACCGUUUACAAUUCUUUACGUGACACAUUCGUAAAAUACGCUCAGGAUAAAUUGCCGUCAACUGAUGGAUUUAUGUUAUUCGAUACUUGCUUUGAUUUAUCGUCGAUGAAAACAGCGAAUGUUCCGACAGUAGCAUUUCAUUUUUCAGGUGAUAAAAAGUUGUCAUUGCACCCGAAGAAUACACUUGUUCCGAUAGACUCGGAGGGGAAGUUCUGUUUAGCGUUUGCUCCUACGGAUGGAUCACUAGCAAUUAUUGGGAAUUCACAACAGCAGGGGACAAGGGUUAGUUAUGAUUUGACUAAUAACCUUGUUGGAUUUAGUCCUGAUAAAUGUUAGUUUGUAUUUUGAAGGAUUAUAGUGGAGAUGAAAUUUAUAGUGGCAUUAGCUGCAUUAAAUUAAAAAAGACUUUAUAUAGAAAAGAACAGAUCCAAUAAAAUAUUGGUAUGCUAUAAUGAAUUUAUUUACUAUAA